CCUACACCCCCACCCUCAUCAUCCCCCUUAUUUCAACGCUGACGCUGCGGGUAAAACUUUGCAAACUGGACAUUUUGACGAACGUUACACCGGGACGAUCGGAGUGGCGAUGUCCGCGGGUCGUUGAGAGGAUGAGGGAGCUCGACACCGAGAGUCCCGUCGUCUGGCCGGCUUGGUGCUAUACUGGUGAGGUGGCGGGUGAGACCGUAUCCUCGGGCGGCGGUACUCGAGUUGGAGACCGCGGCGAAGCGGCCGAUCUAGCGACUCACACGGAGACGAACGACGGUGACACCCUGGCUGCUAACGCAGCGGUGGACGGCAGGGACGCCCGGGGCGGCAGCCCUCAGGGUGCGCACCUUUCUGGAGCCGCGACCCCCAGGCCGCCCCGAGGUCGCAGGCGGCAGAACCAAAACGGACUCGACACCGCUCAGGUAAAAACGGAGCGGCUAACACCCGACAAUAAUUCGACGUCGUCGAGGAGCGUGACCCCGCUGUCGCUGAGUCAUCCAGGUACGCCUCCUAAUGCGACGUCACUCGGGGGACCGGAAGGCCCCCAGCCUCCGCAUCAUCUCAAGCACAUGGAGCAGAUGAUGGGCAGAAACUACAGCGACUUCAUGAGGAGUCUCGCAGCAAAGUACAAUAACGCCCAUCCGAACGAUUACUUCAGCACCCCGAGAAACGGGUUCACACCCGGUCUCGACCCGAGGUUUCCGGCCUUCAAGGCCGGAUCAGCGCCGUUUGUGGGCCUUAUGGCACCGCUGGUGGCACCACAGCCUCAAACCGUCCCGACGACCUCGCCUCUGUCGAAUAACGACGCGAAAGAACAGAAGCAGGAAACAGUGUUCAACAAUCCAGUCUUCCCAGCGAUGCUUGAUAUGUCAUCGACUCAGGCCCUCAUCCACAUGGUCAGGACUGCCAACGCGGCGCAGAACGUAGCUGAGCUCGAGACUUACCUGAAGGGUGCCAACAAGAGGGACGCGGCUGUUACGAGCCCUCUCGAUCUCUCAAAUUCCGGGGGAUUCGCACCCCGUAAGAGACAGCGGACUGAAAUUAAGAGGCCCGAAAGCGUCUCGCCGAAGCCAAAACCAGCCCAACGUACCAGCACACCGCCACCCGUCAGGUGUCCAUCCUUGUGCGGUCACAUGCCUUGCGGCGAUGGUCAGUCCGUCAACAGGUGGUCCGUCGACGACGUCGUCAACUACGUCUCGUCCAUCGAUAUAUGCUCCGAGUAUGCCCAGAACUUCCGGGAGCACCGAAUAGACGGCGCUGCGCUUCCGCUUCUUUCCGAGGACCACCUGACGGGUCCAAUGAGAAUGAAGUUGGGCCCGGCACUUAAGCUGCGGGCACUUCUUGCCCGGAAACUCGGGGCCUGCACGGUUUGUCUGCAUUGCGCCCAUUGUCACCAGACCCCGCUUCCGGCGCUGAGCGCCGCGGCGGCGGCGGUGGCGACGACGCAAACCCCCGGAAGGCGGCCGAGCAGUACCGGAAACUGACAAAUAGCGGCGGAGACUCCGGGGCCUGAGGUCGAUCUGAACCGAGCCCUGAGAAUAGAACGCCGGGCUGCAAGGCCCGUCCGAAAACCGGAAGUCGUCUUCAAGAAGCCGAUAAAGCAAUGACGUCGGCUCUCUUCGAACUCCGCGAUCCGGAGACUCCGCCAUUUAUAUUUUUUCUACUCACGUCUUCACUUCGAGCAAUCCCCUCCCUCCACACCGAUCGAGCGUACUUCAGAGCUACACGUAUCUGUUAAACUUCGAGUGAUAUAUUUAUUGAGGUACGGACUUGACUCUCUCUUUCUCCCUCUCUCUCUCUCUCUCUCUCUCUUUUUCUCUCAUUAGUAAAAGACGUGUUAGGUUUUCUUUUUUAUUUUUUAUCUUCAUUUCCUUGUAUUUCUUACGAAGUCCGCCACCCGCCGUUAAUUCAAAACGAUUGUUAUGUUGAUAAAUAAUUGAAGUGACACUUCAUCGCUUGAUAUUUUAACUUCAAUAUUAUAUAGUCUUUGUGUCAAGUUUGUUGUUAUUCAGUUUUACGGGUGAAAACUGUGCCGCGUUAGUUCAGUAUUCAAAAUCACGUAUACGUCCGAGUUGUUUGCGAUGAGUUUCAAAGACUGCAUCAUACAGCAAUUGAACUGAUUUCAAGUAUAUGAUAAUUGAUCCUUAAUCUUCGUGACGAACUACUCAAUCAUAGUUUCGAGUACAGGCUGUCGUACUUUCUCAAUCGCCAAUAGUACUUAACGUCAAAACGUGAACGUCGGAGUUGAAAAAAAAAAACGUAGCCCUACUUUUGCACUGAAGGCUCGUUAACUUAUAGUUUUAACUCACCGUUGAUAAUUUUUAUU